AUGGAGGAACGCGGAUCCCCCGAUGGGGACCCCGCGCGGAGCCUGGAGCAGGGGCCAGAGGGGCCGGAAACGCCCAUCCAGGUGGUGCUCAGGGUGCGUCCCAUGAGCGCUGCCGAGCUGCGUCGAGGGGAACAGAGCGUGCUGCACUGCACAGGGACCAAGACUCUGCAGGUGAGCCCCCCGGGCGGGGGCCCCGACGUGGCGUUCCGCUUCGGGGCCGUGCUGGACGGGGCGCGCACGCAGGAGGAUGUGUUCCGGGCGUGCGGCGUGAGGCGACUCGGGGAGCUGGCGCUGCGCGGCUUCUCCUGCACCGUCUUCACCUUCGGCCAGACCGGCUCGGGGAAGACCUACACCCUGACUGGGCCUCCCCCUCAGGGAGAGGGGGUACCCAUACCCCCCAGCCUGGCUGGCAUCAUGCAGAGGACCUUCACCUGGCUGCUAGACCGCGUGCAGCACCUGGGUGCUCCUGUCACCCUGCGUGCCUCCUACCUGGAGAUCUACAAUGAGCAGGUUCAGGACUUGCUGAGCCUGGGGUCCCCCCGGCCACUCCCUGUUCGCUGGAACAAGACCAGGGGCUUCUAUGUGGAGCAGCUGCGGGUGGUGGAGUUUGGGAGUCUGGGGGCCCUGAUGGAACUUCUGCAAAUGGGUCUUAGCCGUCGAAGGAGCUCAGCUCACACCCUGAACCAGGCCUCCAGCCGAAGCCAUGCCCUGCUCACGAUCUAUAUCAGCCGCCAAACUAUGCCUCCCGUGGAUCCCGGGGAACACCCUGUUGGUGGGAAGCUGUGCUUUGUAGACCUGGCUGGCAGCGAGAAGGUAGCAGCCACCGGAUCCCGUGGGGAGCUGAUGCUUGAGGCCAACAGCAUCAACCGCAGCCUGCUGGCCCUGGGUCACUGCAUCUCCCUGCUGUUGGACCCACGGCGGAAGCAAAGCCACAUCCCCUUUCGAGACAGCAAGCUCACCAAGCUGCUGGCAGACUCACUGGGGGGGCGUGGGGUCACCCUCAUGGUUGCCUGCGUGUCCCCCUCAGCCCAGUGCCUUCCCGAGACUCUCAGCACCCUGCGAUACGCCAGCCGAGCUCAGCGGGUCACCACUCGGCCACAGGCCCCCAAGUCCCCUGUGGCGCAGCAGCCCCAGCGUUUGGAGACUGAGAUAUUGCAGCUCCAGGAAGAGAACCAUCUCCUUCGGUCCCAACUGGGCCAGAUGGACCUCAAGGUCUCUGGAUUCAGUGGUACCCGAGUGGCUUGGGCCCAGCGGAACCUCUACGGGAUGCUCCAGGAGUUCAUGCUGGAGAAUGAGAGGCUCAGGAAAGAAAAGCGCCAGCUGCAGAGCAGCCGGGACCUGGCCCGGGAUGAGCAGCGCAUGCUGGCCCAGCAGGUCCACGAGCUGGAGCGGCGCCUCCUCUCCACCUGCUCCCUUCACCAGCCCAGCCCUGGCCCAGCCCCACCGUGUCCCUGUGUGAUGGUGCCAGCUCCCUCCUGCCAUGCGCUGCCGCCCCUGUGCUCCUGCCCCUGCUGCCACCUCUGCCCCCUGUGCCGAGCACCGCUGGCCCACUGGGCCUGCCCACGGAGGGAGCUCCACCUGCCCCAGGUGUUUGGCCCUAAGGCCCCAGAUGGCAUGACCCCGCCGGCCCGGCCCCCACCCUGGGCACCCCCAUGCAGCCCUGGCUCUGCCAAGUGCCCCAGAGAGAGGGCUCACAGCGACUGGACUCAGACCCGAGUCCUGGCGGAGAUCCUUACCGAGGAGGAGGUGGUACCUUCUGCACCUCCCCUGCCUGUGGGGCCCCCGAGCACGUCGCCAGUGCUGAGAGGGCCACCUUCAUGCCCAGAUGUGUGGGGCCACAGUGCCAAACCUGGCCCGGAGACUGGAGGCUCUCAGAGACCAGAUCAGCAGCUCCCUGCGACGUGGCCGGAGCCAGCCACCCUCCCAUGA